CAGUUGGAUCGGGUCUCUCUAUCUAACUUCUCUCUCUCUCUCUCUUCCUCACUCUCUCUUUCUCUCUCUGAAAGUUAAAUCUCGACCGCGAACGAAGCUUUUUUUCGCUUUGGGGCUGUUUUUGCCGCUCUCUCCACGUUCCCGCUGCAAAAUUCCUGCCCACGUUCAAAACCCUAUCCCGGAAUUGGCCCUUCCCCCUCUCUCUCCGGAGCCGAAGAAUUCGACCAGUCCUCCGUUCUCGUCGCGCUUCUCGGAUCCGCGGGGUUGCUAAUUCCGUCCCCAGCCGCUUCGUACCGGCGUUUGGAUCUCGGAACAACUGAUUUACGUCCAGAUUCGAGCUGUCCGCUUAGAUUUGGUGUGAUUUUUUAUGUGUGGAGGCACCGCGGAGGUAGUUUCCGUCGAUUGCUUAGUGGUUAAGCCAAUGCUUUCCGUUUCAGGGACGGUUUAAUUGCCUUCCUGUUCUGAUAUGGCGGUUGGUUAUUUUUAUUUUAGGGUUUUUUUUUGAAUGUUGGACGGAUGAGAAGGUUGCAGUAUCGACUUUCCGAAGCCAUUUCUUCACUUCCCGGCUCUGCUAAUUCUGUUCGUUCUGCGUCAACCUGACCGGUUCCACGAGAAAUACAGUUAUAACGAGCUCUUGUUCAAUCUUUGAGCUAGUUCUUUAUUGUUUCGACGGUUGAAUGCUGUCGAGCUUUGUUCUUGAUCUGAAUUGUCGAAGAACUCGAUUUGGAUGGGAGAAGUGGAAGUCUGUACGGAUGCCCCGUCGGAGACCCCCUGCCUGAGGAGUGAAUUGAAGCGCGACCGCCAAUGCAUAGAGGAUGACACCGAAACUUAUCCAGUACUGGUUAAAAAGCACGCGGUAGAAGCUUCACACGAGGACAUACGCUCUGAAGUUUCGAAUCCGAUUGCAUCACCGAAAGAGACCACCUCAACCUUUCAGGAUAUCACUAGCCAACCGGUUCAAGUGGCGGGUGCCCACCAGGGAGGGUGCAGCGAUGAAACGUCUAAAAUUUCAGGUGAUUCCGGUUCAGAACAGACUUUGAGCAAUGAAGAGAAUGGUGGGAAUUGUGCAGAAUUGACCGGCAAAGGCUCACCUCCUACAGUUAAAGUUUCAGGUAAUUCAGGUUCCCAUGAUACUUUCAACCAUGAAGAGAACGGUGGAAGUUAUGCAGAGUCAAGUGACAAGGGAUUACCAGGUUCAGUUAAAGUUUCAGCUAGUUCAGAUUCAGAAGCGACUUUGAGCAAUGACGAUAAUGGUGGAAAUUACGUGGAGGGUGGCAAGAGCUCACCUGGUUCAGUUAAAGUUUCAGCUCACUCAGGUUCAGAAGAGACUCUGAGCAGCGAGGAGAAUGCUGGAAAUUAUGGAGAGUCAAGUGGCAAAGCCUCACUCGGUUCUGUUACAAAGUCUUGUGUUGUGUUGGAGAUUCCUCAGCAUGCUAGUACCACUGGGGUUAGGAAAAUUACGUUCAGAUUUAGCAAAAGAAAGGAUUUGGAUUCUCAGCCUGCAAUUACCGGUGCAGGUAGCAACGUGCCCUAUAGAAAUUCUGAGGAAGAGCAAGAGCAGGACUUCUUGACAUCAGUUGGAACAAGUCCAGGGGCUUAUAUGAGUACUCAUGGUAUAGGGCAUCCUCUAAUUGGCAACUUUCAUCCUUGUGCUCCUAAUAUGGAACUCAAGAUGUCUAAAAAGGUGGUUCCCCAGGGCUUUCCUACAAAUGUUAAAAAGUUGCUAUCCACUGGCAUCCUUGAUGGAGCUCGAGUGAAGUAUGUUCCUCUGGGGCCGGAGAGGGGCCUAGAAGGAAUAAUCAGUGGUGGUGGAUAUCUCUGCGGGUGUUCCUCGUGCAAUUUUUCAAGAGUUGUCAGUGCCUAUGAGUUUGAGCAGCAUGCUGGUUUCAAAACAAGGCAUCCGAACAAUCACAUCUACUUGGAGAAUGGGAAGCCUAUUUAUAAUAUCAUUCAAGAAGUAAAGACUGCUCCUCUCUGCUUGCUGGAUGAAGUGAUCAGAGAUAUAGCUGGUUCAGCAAUCAAUGAGGAUUUCUUUCAGAUCUGGAAAGGCAAUCUUCAACAAAGUAACACCAAAAAUGAUGCAGGCAAAAAGAAUGGCUGUGCGCUGCCCAAGUUGUAUCAUUCACGUCCUAGUCAGAAGUCGGAAGAAAGUGAUAUUCCUACAUCUUAUUACCCUGUGGAGACUACCCCUGUCAAGUUUGUGGAGAUGCUGGCAAAGCAGAAACGCGCUGUAAAGAAGCCAGUUUCAUGCAUCUAUGCUAAGCAGCUGAAAAAAUCUGCUGAAGGUGGUAGGAAAAGGGAUAAUGACCUGCACAAGUUACUUUUCAUGCCAAAUGGACUUCCAGAUGGGGCUGAACUUGCUUACUUUGUUAAGGGGCAGAGACUACUUAGUGGAUACAAGCAGGGAGGCGGAAUUGUUUGUGGUUGCUGCGACAGAGAGAUUAGUCCAUCACAGUUUGAAGCUCAUGCUGGAAUGGCUGCUAGACGUCAACCGUAUCGUCACAUCUACACUUCAUCUGGACUCACACUCCAUGAUAUAGCUACGUCUCUGGCAAAUGGACAGAGUCUUACUACUGGUGGUAGUGAUGAUAUGUGUACAGUCUGCGGAGAGGGAGGAGAUUUGAUCCUCUGUAUUGGGUGUCCACGGGCUUUUCAUGCAGCUUGUUUGGGCAUGCAUUCCCGUCCAGAGAGCGACUGGUGCUGCUCAAAUUGUAGAGAUAAGGUAGUCCCCGGUAGAAAAAUGAUAUCCGGAGAUUCAGCUUUAGCAAGGCCAAUUAUGAUUCGAUUGACGCGUGUUGUCAGAGAGCCCGAAAAUGAAAUUGGUGGUUGUGCCAUUUGCAGAGCCCAUGAUUUCAGUGUUGGUAAUUUUGAUGAGAGGACCGUUAUGAUAUGUGACCAAUGCGAAAAGGAGUUCCAUGUUGGAUGCAUGCGUGAAUCUGGACUAUGUGACUUAACAGAACUUCCCAGAGAUAAGUGGUUUUGCUGUGACGACUGCAACAACAUCCACGUGGGACUGCAGAGUUCGGUUUUGAUUGGAUUGAAAAAUGUUCCAGCUUUAGCAUUGGAUUCAAUAAAUAGAAAGGUAAUGGACAAAGAACUCCUGCUUGAUGGGGGGGUUGAUGGUGUGCAGUGGCAAAUUUUGAAUGGAAAAAGUCGGCGCCCUGAGCAUCUACCCUUGCUCUCAAGUGCCACUGGAAUCUUUCGGGAGUGCUUUGAUCCAAUUGUUGCAACAUCAGGGCGUGAUCUGAUACCUCUUAUGGUCUAUGGGAGAAAUAUCUCAGGGCAAGAAUUUGGGGGAAUGUAUUGCAUUGUCCUAACUGUGAAGGGGGUGGUUGUAUCGGCCGGGCUUCUCAGGACUUUUGGCAAGGGGGUUGCAGAGCUUCCUUUGGUUGCUACGGCUAGAGAGCAUCAAGGGAAGGGUUACUUCCACGCACUAUUCUCUUGCAUCGAGGAGGAUCUGCUGUGUAAAAUGAAUGUCGAAAAGAUCGUGCUCCCUGCAGCUGAGGAAGCUGAAUCGAUGUGGACAAAGAAAUUUGGUUUUAGAAAGGUCACCGAGGAGCAAGUAAAGAAGUACAUGCGGGAGGUUCAGCUGACCAUAUUCAAGGGAACAUCGAUUCUGGAGAAAGAAGUGCAGCCGAUUAAAGCCUAAAAUCUCAUUGUCUAUACCAUGGAUCCAGAUACGGAGUUGUCUCUCGCUCUGUUUUUUUUUUUUUUUUUUGCCUUUUUGAUGUAAUGCGGGAUUCCGUUUUUUUACUGAUCUCCGGAAUGGUAGUAGUAGUAGUAGUAGUUAGUGCAGUGAGUUAGCAGCAGUUAAUCAAUCUCUGAUUGGAUGAAUAGAAGCCGUGUUUUCUAUAGACUUAGAAAUAGGUGGUUAGGGGCGACUGACUUGUGUAUUUGAAAGUUAAAAAUGUAUUAAAAGGGAAAAAAAAUAGGAAAAGAAAAAGGAAACUUUGUGCAUGCCGACUUUUAGAUAAGCAUGCAUUUUUUCAUUUCUCGACUGUAAUCGACUCUGCCUAAUCCUUAGCGAUAAUGACAUUCUUUUAUUGUGCGCCA